CGGGGAGGGGCGGUCCGCGGAGGGGAGCUCAGCCUCCCGCCCCUUUCAGUGCUUGGGUCUCUGGGGGUGACACAAAAAGCUCCGGCUCUGUGUCCAGCGCCAGGUAGUGUCGGGUCCCAGACACGGAGGGCGGUGGGGCAGGUGGAGGGCGCCGCCCCAAGCAAAAGAAGGAACAAGCUGGGAGCUGGGCUGCGGGAGGCGCUGCCGACACUCUGCUCAAGCUGCCCCGCAACCUAGGGCGGGAGGAGCGGGCGGCAUCCCGCAGUCAGAGAGCGUCCGGCAGAGCGCGGUGGGCAGCACGCGGACCCCCGGGAUGCUGCCGAUGCUGCUGCAGCCGCCGGCGGCGUAGCAAAGCUGAGCCAGCUGCCAAGAGAGGCUGAACAAAGCUGGGUCUCAAUCGCGCUUCCUGCUUGUCAGCCUCUUGCCUCCCAAAUGCAUAUUGGUUCCACUUGAUGUCAUCACGCAGAAGGGGGUGAAAGGGACACGUGACAGAUUCAGAAAUUAACACAUAUGUGAAUGCUAGAUGCCCUGUGAGCUUACUGAUCCCCUGGUGACCUGGAGAAGACCGACCCAGAGGGGUGACCUUUGAGAAUCAGCUCUUUCACCUUGUUGUUGGCCCAGCCCUUUGCAUCUUGGUCCACGAUGGAGACACUCUCCCAGGAUUCCCUGCUGGAAUGUCAGAUCUGUUUUAAUUAUUACAGCCCCAGACGAAGGCCCAAGUUGCUGGAUUGCAAGCACACCUGCUGCUCGGUGUGCCUUCAGCAGAUGAGGACCAGCCAGAAGGACGUAAGGUGCCCCUGGUGCCGUGGCAUCACCAAGUUGCCCCCAGGCUUCUCUGUAUCACAGCUACCCGAUGACCCUGAGGUCCUGGCAGUCAUCGCCAUACCACACACUUCUGAGCACACCCCAGUCUUCAUCAAACUUCCAAGCAAUGGGUGCUACAUGCUGCCAUUGCCCAUCUCUAAGGAGCGCACACUCUUGCCAGGAGACAUGGGCUGCCGCCUGCUACCAGGGAGCCAGCAGAAGUCUCUCACCGUGGUGACCAUCCCUGCAGAGCAGCAGCCUCUGCAGGGUGGAGCUCCUCAGGAGGCUGUGGAGGAAGAGCCUGACAGGCGAGGUGUGGUGAAGAGUUCCACGUGGUCUGGUGUGUGCACUGUCAUCCUGGUAGCCUGCGUUUUGGUCUUCCUCCUCGGUAUCGUGCUGCACAACAUGUCCUGCAUCUCUAAGCGCUUCACUGUGAUAUCCUGCGGCUGAAGCCUGUCACAGGGAUGCCUCUUGUGGGUGCCAACUUAGGGGGUAAGCAGGUGUUGGUGAUGGGAUCCCUGUGAUGAGAUGGGGGUGACACUGACCAUUGGGUGCCAGCGCUGGCCUGCGAUUGGCCACUUGAUUCACCUGAAGACAAGGACAGAGGGUGAGGUCUCAGCAAGAUUCCAGGAGAACUGUUUGGAGAUGAUGAAGGCUGUGAAGAUGUUUGCAUGCUUCCUCAUAAUUGUGUACUCAAUGGGCUGUAAUUUAUGAUUUUCCAAAAUCAUGUUCCCAAGUUAGACUUUUCUACUUAGACAUGAAACUGUACAUGUGGGUGCAAUGAGCUCUCUAGAUACAGUAGAUGGUAGGUUAAAACAGAUGCUGUGUAUGCAAGUAGAAUUAAACCUCAAAUCCAUGUUUUAAAAAAAUCAAAAAAACAGUGAAGACAGAAUGGUGUG